CCCGUUCCGCCAACGUUUCAUGCGUUCCCUUUACACGAUUUUUAGAUGUCUUUUGUGUUGUUUGUUGUUUUUCACUAUUUAUCAUCGUGUUAUUACUCUUAAUACGGUUACUUGAACAUAUGAUUGUUUGUUAUUCGUGUGUAUUUUGAUUCAGAUAAUUAGAUUGAGCAAGAUACAUUACAUAGUCGGUUGGUCAUGUAACUCGACGCGGUGGAGUUGGUGUUUAUUAAGGACUAUUAUAACAACAUCUACGAUGUCUGCGGUAACUCCGCGUCGUUCAUCACGGCUUCCCCACACUCACACGCCUAAAAUGAGUGAAAGAAAGAAGGGUCUGUUUCAAAGUGAAUUGGAGGCGUGGAGGGAGUCUCUGACGAAGCAUCGAAAGCUGCCGGUGGUGAACAGCGAGAGCGAUAGCGAUGACUACGACCUGGGCAUCAUGGGCACGCUGGACUCUAGCUCUGGAGACGAAGUCGAUCACAGCGUGCCUAAGACGCCAGAACGCCAUUGGCAUGGCACCCGAAGCUCAAAACUGCUCAAAGAAAACCAUGAUCUGAAAAGCUUCAUCAAAUCACCAUUCACUCUCAACAAGUACCACACCCGGUACUCCUGUCCGGAAAAAUGUACAGGCUCCCACUCCACUCCGGUGACCCCACACAUGCAGAACCACCCCGGGACACCAUCCUCCACACAUUCGUGCAACAGUGUCCAUACAACGUCUUCUACCUCAAGCAGGGCCCGGAAGAGCCUUGCAUCCUUAAUAGCUGACACGGAGAGCUGCAGCAGCUCUUUAAAGGAUCUUAACGUUGAUACGGACUCCGGUACAGACACCAAAGAGAAUACACCUACAAAAACAUUAAGGAGGUCCAAUAGAAACAAGAUGACACCGAAACUACAAAGUUUCAAAGGUGUAUUAUUGGAACAGAAGAAGAAUGUUACGCCACCUAAUAUGAACCCAGUUGUGAGCUUGACUGAGAUGGAUUUAGCUACUAAUCUGUCUCCAACACAAAUGUUAAAAACGCCUCAUACUACUGAAGCUACGAUGUCACCUCCAAAGCUAAGUCACAACCGACGCUCUGUAGUUGAAAUAGCGGAAAGCCCUGAAUUCUGCGAAAGUGAGAUAAGCCACAAAAGACUGCGUAACAACAGCCUUACUGAGUACGGUCCUGUGUCUAAAUACCCUAAAAUCGAUGCCAAUUCGGCUCCUAAAGCUCGUCUGUCUCUUUUCAACAACGAUAAGUUAAAAGGGAUAUCAGCCAAGUCUUUCUAUGGCAAUUCUAGCCCGGACUUAAAUAGCAGCAUUAUAAACAAAAUUUCUAGCGCUAUCGAAACCUCAAUAACAAUUAACCGUCGUCUCUUCACAAGCCACCCACACAGACGCAAGAAAAAAUCAGGACAGAUAAAUAUGGGAGUGAGACACAGAAUCAGAAAGCCUAAAGUGCUGAAAAAUAAGAUGUUCGCUAAAGGCAAUCAGUAUAUGAACAAGUCUGAUUCGGCUGUUCUAAAUAACAGCACAGUUUCAAAUGUUUCCGCCAAUAAUCUGAGCAUGAAUAACGUUUCUAUGACGAGUCAGAAUUCCUCACAAGAAUUGGACAAAGAUAAAGCGGACCCUUUUGGCAAAGAAAAGUUAACCAUAGAAGCGCUCCUCAGCCAAUGGGAAGAGGAGGACGAACCAGAACCCAGACCUGAGCUGCCGUGCUUCAACAGUACUGUCAUAGAGGAGACUAACCCAAUCUUCCAGCCCGUCACCGCUAUACCUGUGUCGGGGCAGGCCCUGCCACAAGACGGAGCAGUCAUUAUAGAAUUAGGCACUGACAAGCCAGUGAAGCCUACGGAGGCAGCGGAGACAGCUGAUGUGACGAUGAUGGAACUGCACAAGGCAGACCACGGUGAUGUGCCGAAUGGACAGUUCCUACCCGUGGACGGCGGGUUCAUACUAGUUGAAGAAAAUGUACCUGCAGUACCACAAGAGGAGCUGACCGACCUGGACGAGAUCGAACGCGAGCUCAAAAUGCUGGACGAGCAGAUCCUCAUGAUGACGCAAACUGAUGCACCCGUCUCUGUACCAGAUGUAACCCCCACCACCACUGUUACUCCUGGUAAGUUUACCAACUAUGACGGCACGAAACUGUUUCCCAUAUUCAGCAAUCCUAACCCUGGGACCUGCACGCCUAGCGCUAAAGGUACCAGCAAGAAGUCACUAUUGAAAGACGGGAGCGACCAGUACGUGAUCGACGCGGGACAGAAACAGUUCGGCGCUACACAGUGCACGGAGUGCGGGGUUAUAUACCAGAUCGGAGAUCCUCAGGACGAGCAUGACCAUUUGAUUCACCACAAUGCGACUAAUGUGCUUAAAUUUAAUGGUUGGAAAGAAGAAUGCGUAGUCGGCAGGUGGGGGUCCGCUCGCUGCAUCCGCGUGCGCGGCGGCGACGCCAACUGGAAGCGAGUGGCGACCCUGCUCACUAGGGUUGUGCACGCGCAGCUCGGGUACAACGCAGAGCUGCCGGCCGAGAUACAUACUUACACGGCAUACCUAUACAUCGAUAAGAAGCAGAUCGCAGGUUGUGCGAUUGUUCAGCCAAAGACCAGAGCUUUUAAGCUGAUCCCUGGAGACCCUGACUGCUGCACGGUUAAGGACUACCCUGUCAAAUGUGGCAUCUCCCGUAUCUGGACGCACGCCACGUUCCGCCGGCAGGGCGUGGCGUGUCGCCUGCUGGAGUGCGCGCGCGCAUCCUUCCUGUACGGCUGCGCGAUGGACAAGCGUGACAUCGCCUUCAGCGCACCCACCGCCGCUGGUAAACUAUUAGCCACCAAGUAUUUCGGUACUGACCAGUUUUAUGUGUACCUCGAUUGAAUUUCUCCUGGACUAAAAGUCCACCCUAUACGGCUUUGAAUGUGCAUCGUCAGUAUGGCUCUCAGCACGGCGUCGUAACGUAAGAGACGCGUAAGCGUAUCAUAAAAACGUUACGAGUACGAGGCGCGUAGAUUUUUGCGCGCGUAAGCGUAAUCGUCGCGUAAGCGUAAUAGUUUUAUAAGUGAAAUAAAAAAAAAAUUUCGCCAGCAUUACGCUACGAUUGUCGUAAUUACGAUAGAGAUCUUACGCAUACGCUACGCUACGGGUACGCUUCGUGUGCAGACUUGUUUGAACUUGUUCGUGCUCGUAGCGCUCUCGUUCUACGCGCGUUUUACGAUACGCUUACGCGUCUUACGUUACGACGCCGUGUGUUGAGGGCCUAUGUCGACUCACGAAAGGCAAAUUAAUUUUAAUAUCGUUAGUGGAUUUUGUUAUUAAUCGUGAAUAGGCGGCAAUAGGGAAUAGGUAUAGGCAAAACUCUGCGUAUGAGACGCCACUAGCACAAACGGUAAACAAACCGCCUUGAAGCAUCAAUGUCAUAUCUAGUAACAAAUAAUCUGUGAAAACUUGUCAAAAAGCAGUUUACGGCAUGUUGUUACUCCAUGGUUUACGUUUUGUGCUAGUGCUGCACUCUGGCGGCAGAACAUUGCAGUAAUACUCCCUAUUAUAAAACUAACGGGGUUAGUGAAGUUGCUAUUACCUCUUAUACGUUUUGUACUGAACUAAUGUUUUAUUUGUGUAUGUUGCAUUUAAAUGUCUCAAAGCUACGCUAGAGUAACGUGAUGAAUAUCACCUCUCAGGUUUUAUAUAGUGAACAUUUUAAUACGUUACGUAUCUGCAGUUACGUAUUUUUUCAAGUAUAAUACGAACGCAAAGCAAUAACAUUUUUAAGUUACUUUGCAUCAAAGGAAACUGGUUUUGUAUCUGUGAUUUGAAAAAAAAAAAACAUUUCGAUUUUUUUUGAGAAACGGUCUGCUAUUUAAUAAUGGUAGCUACCAUUGCUAUUGAUUUUAUUAUGCUAUUGAUUUGUAGGUUAUUCCAUGUUUGCUUGUUUAUAGGCUCAAUUGAAAGAGUUGUGUUAUUUAUAAUAGGGUAGUUGACACUUUUUAGUGUUCCGUGCAAAACUUUGUUUUGACAAACGGAACACUUAUGGGUUCACUUCGGUCUUGCAAAUCAGUUAAAUGCGUUUUUCUCAGAGACCGUUUGACGUAGAUACCUAAAAUUUGAAACAGUUAUAGCAAUUACCACCACUAAUAUUGUAAAUAAGUCAAAACCGGUUAUUUCUUAUUUUAGGGGGUAAUUUAGGGGGUUGAGAGGGGUAACCUGUUUUUUUAUUUAUGAAUGAUAUCAGUCGAUCAAGUUUGUUUUAAGGAUCAAAUGUCUAUAUGGGACCCAUUGCCUUAAAAUAAUCUAAAAGUCACAAAUGAUAAUCAGUCUGACCAUCGCACUUUACUGACGAAACGCUCCCAACUAAAUGGCAAUACAUCGUGACGUCACCAUGUAACAGAAGCCGUUUCGAUGUAUGGAAAACAAGGAAAUUGCGAUUUUGUCGGUUAAAUAUUGCAUUUACGUAUAUAGUUGCCAUACAAUAUUUUUAUAAAUAAAAUGUAAGGAAUCAAAUGGUACCAUUUUUUUCGGAUGUUUAAAAAAACUUACAUUUGUAAACAUUGGGGUUUUGAAUUUUUUUUAUUAUACCAAUACAUUUGUUAAGUUCCCAAUUUAUUGUGAUGAAUUGCUCAUUAUCUAUCUAUUUAACUAGAUUUAGAUAUAAAAUUGAACAUGUGUCAACAACCCUAUUAUGUAGUUGUCGUGUAUAGUAUUUGUGUACUCAGUUGAUAUUAUAUUGUUUGUAGUUCUUUAUUUGACAGCUAGAGCUCUGCCGCUUAACUCGGUCGAUUUUGAGAUAGUUAUGCGGCCAUUUUGUAGUUUAAGGUAAUAUAAGACUUUUUUAGUCAAGGUAUUUAAUUUUUACUUUUUGAACUUAAUACAUACAACCAUUUACUCGCAGCCAAAACACAACGAUUUCUUACCUUAGUUAAGUUGGACUUAUAUGACGUUAUUCGUAAACGUCUGUCUAAUUUAACAAAGGUUUACUGAGUUUUAUGAAUAGUAUGUAGUAUUUAAUGGUGGAACUCGAAGUAUAAACUAAUAUAUAUUAAUUAAAAUAAAGAAGUGCCAAGUGCCUUGACCAUUUGUCUAUAACUAGUAAAUUAAAUGUGUCGUUUUCAAGGAAAACCACCACUGUCGCUUAUCAUAAGGACGAAAUUUGCUUGUGUCAAAGCGUCCUAUGCGGCUUAUGGCAAGCGACAAAGUGGUACCUUUUGAUUGAAAAUUACACAAAUAGUGAUAAACAUAUUUUUGAUAAGUCUGUAAAUCUAUUUUAUUUUAGGUCCUCGAAUACUCGUUUAUUAAGACAUUUAAAGAAUUUAGUUCUUAAAAAUGUGCAACACAAUAGUAGAUCAAGUUGUAUUUUAACACAGUUGACGACCUCUUUACUUGUAAGGGGUAGGUUAAGUAUUUUGAUAUUUAGUAGUAUUUAGUAUAUUUUCUAUUCUACAUGGUAUACGCGAACUGGGUCGUUCUACCAAUGUGUCAAGGAAUUUUAAUUUUUUUUCAGUAUCGUAAGGUCAGGGUACUUUAGCCCUUACAAGGUUACUUUGUCCACGCAUAAAAACCCAUUUAUUGAAUUAAUAAAUUCUUAAAAACGACACUAAAUAUCCUUUGUCUUUCUGGUACCUUGUUGUACAUUUUGCUACAUUUGUCACCCUCUUUUCACUUUCUCCUCUCAUCUGCUCAAAGGUUAACUGGGAGAGAUCCCUCAAAGGGAUAAGUUCGCCUUUGUACAUAUUAUUUGUACCAUGUAAUUUUUAAUAGGUAUUUUUGUACAAUAAAGAGUUUACUACUACUAAAUGCUUACUUCAAAACAGAUAAUCUCAUAAUGUCGUUUUUAAGAAUUUUACAAUUCAAUAAAAUAGGUUUUCAUGGGUGAACAAAGUAACCUUGGGGGGCUAAAGUACCCCGACCUUACGGUACCAUGACAUACCUUGUUACAGUUACAACAGUAUGAGGUCUCUAGCGACUUCAUAUUGAUUGUCACUGUGACAAAGUACAAAAUGGUACGGAAAUUUAAUAGUGUAACCGUACCUUGUGAUUGAUGAAUCAUUGUCUCGUUCGUGGUUUUCUGUUUGCAUUCUUUUAACCGAAUGGAAGGCGAUUGUGUUGAAGUGUGCCAAUUUUGCGAUUUUGUGUAGGUUAUUUUAUAGGUAUCAUUACGCUACGUGUCUUUUAAUAUGAAUUUUAGUGAUUUUCGAAUUGAUACUUAAUUAAGUUUAAUGAGUAAAUAUAAGUACGAACGCCAUCGUAACAUAGUCAGUUGAACAAUUGUAAUCUUUAAUUGCAAAGAA